AUGGAGUCUGCAAAUAUUCAUCGACCAAAAAAACAUCAUCCUCAAGAUCAUCAUCAACUUGUUGGCUCUUCUUCUUUAGCUGCUUCUUCUUGCUAUGAAGUUGCAAGCGCUCAUUCUUGGACCCCUACCACCAUUUUAAACUCAGAUAUCAUCAGUUCAUACCCUAAUGGAGGCAUUAUAAAUACAACGCAGGCGCAGCAAAACCAGAAUUCACUCUCUUCCUGGAAUAUUUCCAUGACUCCAGAAAUGGGAUUAUUUCAUUGGGCUAAUCCUACAGGAAAUUUACAAUCUGGUAGAAUUAAGGAAGAAUUUUCAGAUAAUUUUAACCCUAAAUUCACAGGGAUUUUAAACAGCCAAUCAUCAAGUAUUGAAGAUUUUUGUGUGAAUCCUUCAAGCCACGGCAAGAAUAAUGAGCUAAGAGAUUUUCCAUUUAACGAUCUCAGCGCAAAGCUUCUGCUUAGAACAUUUUAUUCUGGAAAUCUUGUGAGUGGGCAGAAUAUUUCUCCACAAAAUUUGUACUCCAACUCUUUAAGCACAGGAAUUAAUGGAUCAACACAGAGUGGAAGGGGUUCCAGUCAGAUAUUUCCCAGCAUAAAUGUUUCCAAUUUUAAUCUGCAGUCGGCGCAAUUAGAAAAUUCAGCCAAUAUGGACAUGAACUUGCAGGCACUAGAUCUCCUUACAGAUUCAAAAUUUCAUGGAAAUUUUAUGAGCUCAAAUUCGCAGAACGGAUUAGACCUUUGCAAAGAAGGUCUUUGUUAUGGCCUUGAUUAUAUGCAGCAAUCAAGCCAACUGCCAGUGAAUUGCUCUAAUAAGAUAUCAACCUUAAGCAAUGGAGUUGCAGAAGCAAAACGAAGCAGCAGUAUAUUGGAGCCAAAGGCACCCAAAAAAUCGCGUAUAGAACCACGCGCUUCUUGCCCACCAUUUAAGGUUAGAAAAGAGAAAUUGGGAGAUAGAAUUGCUGCCCUUCAGCAGUUAGUAGCACCUUUUGGAAAGACAGACACAGCAUCCGUACUUAUGGAGGCCAUUGGUUAUAUCAAAUUCCUUCAAACCCAAGUCGAGACUUUGAGUGUCCCUUACAUGAAGUCAUCGAGGAACAAGACUGGCGGAGCAAUGAAAGGGGUUUCCACUGACGAUGAAAACAAUGAACCGAAGCGAGAUCUUAGAAGUCGAGGGCUGUGUUUGGUGCCCUCGUCGUCCUUAUCAUAUGUAACCGACGGUGGUGGUGCAGCUGUUUGGCCACAGCCUCAAUUUAACUGA